AUGUCGUACGGGUUCUCGGGGAGCGGAGGAAUGGGCUGCUCAAGGCCGACGACGCCGGAGCUGACGAAGGAGCUCAACAUCCCCAAGGACGUGGCGAGCGCCAUGAGGAAGUCGCUGUCGUACGACUUCCUUAAUGUGCCUGGCGGGGACGAGCAGGCGAGCCCCAUCGGGACGCCGACGACAGCGACAGCUGAGGACGGCGCGGACGGACUGGAGAGCGAAACGGGCGAUGGGCCCAGGGCGGCGGACGAGGGCGGGAAGGGGGAAUUUGCGGACUACCAGCUGUGGCACCACCACCGCGGGUCGGACGUGGGGGUGGCGAAGUCGCAGUCGUCGACGUACGAGAGCCUUCUGGAGGUGAUGCUGGGAUGGGACUUUUCGGGCAAGCAGACGGGGGGCGACAAGGGCGCGCCGCGCGGGUCGUCGGAGGAGGCGCUGGCGGUGCGGCAGUGGUUGAACCCGCGCUCGUCUUUUUCCGCCGCGUCGACGAAUGAGCCGGAGCUGUGCCUGACGGCAUCGCGCAAGAGCUCGCUGAUGACGCUGUCGCGGUCGGCGAGCUCUGCGUUUGAACGCAAGUGCUGGAUCACUGUGUGUACGAGCCUGGCAGACAUGCAGCCCAUCCUGGCGCUGCGCAAGUCGCUGCAAAACAUCCAAUCCAAGUACAGGCUGCUGGUGUUGUACGAUGCGGAACAGAGCGACGUCGCGGAGUGCCUGGUGUCCCACGACUUCUACACACUUGGAAUAACUCCGCUGGCGCCGAGGCUCUCCGCGGAGUUGGCCUCAGACGGCACGCUGCUGCCGCGCUGGCUGCUACUAGCCGCGUGGCACGAGCUAAACGGUGCGUACGAUGACGUGUGCUACUUAUCGCCAUACUUGCUCGCGGUCGCCAGCAUCGACGAGCUGCUAGAUUUUAAUGACGAAAUAGACAACGAGACAUGCACGCUCGUGGUAAACAGGACCAGAAUACCCUCGGUUAUCACCUUCAAGCCCCACAACGAGAUACGAAUGGUGUUCGACGAGUACCUCACUGUGUAUGGCGCGGACUUGGAGAAACUUGAAAAACUGCGCGGGCUGAGCGACUGGGGCAUCCUUUCGGAGCUGUUUUCGGAGUCAUGUCAUCGCCUGAGCGACCGUUAUGGCGUCGACGUCGGCGACGACAGCCUUCCCGUUAUGAGGGGCGUCAAGGUACUGGAUUUCGGGCAUGUGAAGCCCUGGCUACAUGCCGCUGAUGAUAAAAAUGCAUACGUUCGGCUUUGGUGGAGUUUCUGGGAUAACGGUACUGUGUAA